UUCUGAUCUGAUUCAUUUUACAAAUUACUUCAAAAUAAUGAUACCGUGUAAAUAAAAAUUAAAGUUCAUAUUCUAAGAAACAUUAGUUACGUAUAAUAAGUAACAGAGUUGGAACAAUUUGGUUUCAAAAUGGAAGUUAUUCCUGCAGCCAGGCAAGCACUUAUGUGUUUCUUAUUAUCAAACUUUACGUUUAUCGUCUGCUUUUUAACUGGAGUGCUGGGAUCUUCUUCAGAAUUAUGGGCUCUUAAAUACUGGGGGCCUGCAUUAUACUUUUGUUUGAUUAAUUUCGUGUUGAAAUACUGCUACAAAGGAUUCAUAUACGAGGUAUCUAUAAGAGCUUCGGGAUUAGGAGCUGGUAUGGCUGUCGGGCUGUACCUUAUCUCAUUUAAUAAUGGCUGGAAGAUUUUUGGGUUGUAUGCAGUUGCUCUGACAUUUUUCCAUUUUUCUGAAUUUGUGGCAGUAGCAUUGUCCAACCCAAAGACUGUGACCAUAGACUCAUUUAUCCUGAACCAUAGUGUUCAGUAUGCUGUUGCAGCGGUAGCCAGCUGGGUGGAAUGGGCCGUGGAGUACUACUUCUUCCCAGAUUUAAAAUCACAUUUCUGGCUGUCGAGUUUGGGUGUGGUUAUGUGCUUUGGUGGAGAGCUUCUCAGGAAAACUGCAAUGUUCACAGCUAAGCACAACUUUACACACACUGUGCAGUUUGUGAAGAGACCAGAACAUCAACUUGUGACUCACGGUGUAUACUCUCUCUGUCGACACCCAAGCUAUGUGGGCUGGUUCUACUGGUCUAUUGGAACACAGAUUAUACUACUAAACCCUUUCUGCGUAAUAGUUUACGCGAUGGCCUCGUGGAUGUUCUUUCGGGAGCGCGUGUAUGCUGAAGAGAUGACCCUGUUGGCAUUCUUCGGCAAGCAGUAUGAGGAGUAUCAGAAGAGAGUUGGUACUGGACUACCUUGCAUACCAGGAUAUGUCCCCGAGAACAGGAGACAGAAUCUAAAAGAAGAUCAUUGGAGUUAUUAGUCUGAUAAUCACAAAGCUUUAAGGAUUGUGGAAUUACAACCAAUAAAAGUAUUGCGUAAGUACAAUAUAGGGACGUCAAUGUAACGAAACAAUUAAUGUAAUUUUUUAACUAGUUGAAAAACUACUUGAUUUUGUCAACUACUUACACAAAACAUUAAAAAUAGACUAGUGACGUAAUAAAAGACGUUCAGAGUUUUCCAUCAACAUUUCAACUAGUUGUAAAACAUUUAACAUUUAAAAGAAAAAACAGUGAACAUUUGUUUCAACUAGUUAAAUCAACGCCCAUCCCUAGUACAGUGGUGGAAAUUAAUUACCUACCCAUUUCAGUGUAAAUGUCAUUUGACACAGCAGAAAAUAUGACAAAAUAUAUUGCUCUUAUGUUAACAGUUUACUUUAAUUUAAAAAUUAUUUAAUUUUUUUUACAUUGAAAUAUUUGAUAUACUUGCAGUUAAUUUAUAACAGAUUUUCAUAUUGUCUAGUCAAAUAUAUCAGGUAUAUGUGUAAAUAUUUGAUCGCCGAUAUACUUGAGGGAAUUAAAAUGAAAGAGAUCUUUGCCAGGAGCGAAUGCGUGUACUUGAUGCUGGCUACAGAAUUUGAAUGACCUUAUUUAAAAAGUAUAUUAUGUGACGGUGAUCUAUAAAGCCGUUGUUAUUAAAAUGGCGGGCGCUCGCGCGAACAAUAUAUUUUUCAGUUGUUAUUAUCUCUAAAGAGUUGUAAUAGUUAUAUAAGAUUAAACGCCUGUCCUAAAUUGUAAAUUGUCUGAUAACAAUCUAAAAUGUAAAUUAUGUGAUGAAAAUAUCGUAUUUUGUUCCCUUAUCUGACAAUAAUGUCAUUUUUAAGCUAUCUGAGCCUCUAUCAGCCAGAGGUGGGACAGGCCGUUAAAUAUUCACAUACAUAAUUCACAGUGUAUAUCAUAAAAGAUUUAGAAAUAUCUUUUUUUUAAUGGAGACAUGUGUAUUGGUAAAAUAUGUACAGAAAAAGACAUCGAAAAUACGAUGACAUUGACAAUGUGUUCUUAUUUCAAAUAAUUUAAAUUCUUCCUUUUUUUCUAAUGGCUUGAGACCUAAAAACAUGUAAAAACUCCUUGAAC